CCCGACCACCCAGACCGCACACGGUUACGGGCUUGGAACCCUGGGGCAGAAGCUUCGAACCGUUAAAGGGGGACUGAUCGGAGCACUCUCCUCUGGCUGUGUGUGUGUGUGUUUUUGGAGAACAAUGGAUGAGCUGAAGGAUAUACUGCGCGAGUACGUGAAGCGGAACCAGCUGCUGGAAAGCUCCAACGAGCUGCUGCGCGAGAAACUGCUGGAACAGGAAAAGUUGCGCAAAAUUUACAUCGAUGAUUUAAGCAACAUGAAAACGUGCCUGGGCGGCCUGCAGGAUGCGCUCAUGAAGUGUCGCGCCAACAUACUAAGCCACGAGAUGCUCGAAAGCUCAACCCUUGGAGGGCAGGGUGGACACACGAAAUCUGCACAAGUACCGAACGACAACACAAUGGAGCUGGUCGCGUUGCAGGCACAGCUGGAGGUGUGCAAAAACGAUCUUGCCGAACAGCGGGCCGCUUACCAGGAGCUGCUGAUCGAGAAGAAUCGAAUAACGGGCGAGAUGCAGACGCUGCUGCAGAAGAACCAUCAGCUAUCGAUGAACCACGCACAAAACAGCAGAGGAACUAUGGCCACCCACCAGCACAAGGUUCGCGCCACGCAGGUGGACAGCAUGAAACUGUACGGCACCUCGCCCGGGGGCUUUGAGCGGCAGAUCGAACCUUGCCCUCACUGUAACAAUGUGUUCGGAGAUUUCCUCACGCUCGAAACGCACAUCAAAGAUUGUCCCGGGCUCGACUACUAAAUCGAUAUCUCGCCCUCCACGCCCGCCCGUGUGUGUGUGUGUGUGAGUGGGGGGUAAACGUGAUAACGCGGCUAAGCCUUUGUUGGGUGUUAUUGUUUUUUUGUUUUUAUUUUGAGUGCGUUUUGUUUCUCGGCCAUUUGUUUUAUCGCUGUUUAACUGUGGACCAAUAAAUUACCAUUUUUUCCGGGGCUCUCUUUGCAUGUGAAAAAGGA